AUGGCGACGGCAGGAGGAGCCGCUGCAGCCAGCGGCGAGGACAAGAGCAACGGGGGCAAGAUCCCCGUACCCGUCUUCGAUGGCACGAGCAAGACCAUGAAGAAGUACCGCCGAGAGGUCGCCACCUGGCAGAUCGGGACCGAGGUCAAGCCGCCCAAGCAGGGAGCGACCUUGCUGGCCAGCCUGAAGGGCAAGGCCGAGGAGGCGUGCGAGGAGCUUGACCUGGACGCCAUCAAGGGCGACGACUCGGUGGAGGUGUUCCUGGAGUACCUCGGGAAGCGCUUUCCCGAGAUCGAGGUGCUGGAGACCCCAGCGCUGCUGGAGAUCUUCGUGCGCCCGGCCUGCGUCCGGCGCAAGUACGAGGAGAUCCGCGACUACAACAACCGCUUCAACGGGAUUGCCACCAAGCUGAAGGCCAAGGGCAUCCAGGUGCCCGACGAGGUCUUGGCGGUCAAGUACAUCAAGGGGGCCCGCCUGCCCCCGGAGCGCGCGGCGAGCGUGCUCAACGGUGUGGGCAACCAGUUCAACCCCACCAAGAUACAGGAGCAGUUGAUGAUCAACUUGCCCAAGGUAUCGGUCGUGGACGGCAACAAGGACAGCCACGACAAAGGAGGCUACGGAGGUCACAAGAACAAGGACCACAAGCGGGCGUACGCCACGGAGACCUACGAGGAGGAUCGUAGGGCCGAGUUCGACGGCGCGUCCUCAGACAGCUCCGACGACUACGAGGACGAGCUGCCCGACGAGCUGCAGGACGCGAUCGACGAGGCGGAGGAGCAGGUAGCCUUCUUCACCAAGAAGAUGGUGCGCGCCAAGGACAAGCUGAAGGAGGCGAAGCAGGCGCGCGGCUACUUCGCCAAGCGCGACGGCGGCAACCCGCCGAAGAGAGACGAUCCCAAGAUCGCCAAGAUGAAGGCAAGGACACACUGCGGCGCAUGUGGUCAGAAGGGCCAUUGGCGCGGUGACCCGCAGUGCUCGAAGAAGAACGACCCUAACGCCAAGGCCGACAUCCCGAAGAAGGGAAGCAACAGGACGAACAUCGCCACGCACGAGACCAGUGACGCGCAGGAGCCUCGCGUGGCGGAGAUGGCGGUCGCGGCGGUCUACCAGCAGGACCAGCGGGCCGCAGCUCGCGACAGGAAGUGCGGCGCGCUGCACAGCAUCGACGGAAUGCAGAUGCGCCAGGCCGCCGGGCUACCCGAAGAAGUUACGGCAGCGGCGUUCUUCAUCAAUAAGGACCACCAGUGCCUGAUGGCCGCGACGAGCUCGGCGCUUGUCUACCUCAGCAUCGAGGACCUGCUGAAGGAGUCGGGGGGCAAGCUGACCUUCGACACGGCCUGCACGCGGUGCGUCGGCGGCCUCGACUGGUGCAACGACAUCAAGAAGAGGCUGGCCGCCUUCAACAUCCAGCCCAUCGAGUACCCCGAGAAGGAGCCGUUCCGGUUCGGGGCGUCGAAGGUGGUGUUCAGCCUCAAGGCGGCGCUGAUCCCCUGUUCGGUGAACGGCAAGGCCUUCGCCGUCCGCAUGAGCAUCGUGCGCAGCGCCGUGCCAGGACUGUUCAGCCGCAAGGCCCAGAGCGAGCUGGACACCGUCUACCACGCCGGAGACAAUCAGCUGGACAUCAAGUCGAUCGACGAGCACGACAUCCAGAUGGGCCUGAGCCGCGCCGGACACCCGACGCUGGACAUCACAGGCUUCGCGCCGAGCUACAAACCCGUUUUGGACGUCUCGGAUACCAUGGCCGAGAUCCGUCUCCACCCUUGCGCUUCUUACCGCGCUGAGACAGCUGUGGCCAGCGCCGCCAAGCCGGCGGUGCCCGAGGCUCGCCACCAAGGGGUCGCCUCGGAGGCCGACGAGUCUCAGUCGGACACUGACUGCGACGCGCUCGAUAGCGCCGAACUGUUUGAGCAGCAGGUGCGCCAGCUUUCUACGAACCAGCGGCCGGCGCUUAUGCCCCCGCCGCACCAGCGAUGUACGACAUCUCCCAAUGAGACGAGCCCGGGGAGCAGCAACCAGCACUUGCCGACGACGAGUACUGCCCGUCUCCCGGCGAUAUCCAGCAUGCGGAUGCCGGAGCUGCAGGCCGAGGUGGCAAGCUACGACUUGGAUGUGCGCGACGCCACGUGCGACCAGCUCCGGGUGAUCUUGCGUGCGCUGAGGGCCGAGGGCCGCGAGAGCACGCCGCAGGGCGACUACAUCCCAGGGCUUGGCAAGAAGAACAAGGAGGAGCUCCAGCAGCUGUGCCGGGACCGCCAGAUCGAGUUCGACCAGCGCACGACCGUGCCGGAGCUCAGGCAGCGCCUCAAGGGCUGGAAGGUCGAGGACGCGGCCAGCAGUGCCCCGGCAACGUACCCCACGGCGGACUACCGCUGGGUGCUCAAGAACGACCUGGGCUACGCGCAGUGGGCGGUCCUGGAGCUCAAUAGCAACCGGGCAAGCCCGCUCCUGGCGCGGCUCGCCAGGUGGGUCAAGGCGCACGGAGUGCAACCCCUUCCCCCGGAGAAGGCCAAGACCACCUUGGAGGCAGUGAUGGCCGAGGAGGUGGUGCUAGACGACGAGUGGGCGGCGCCAGCGGCGACGACCACGAGGGCCUCAGCAAGCCAGGGGAGCUGGGCCGGGCAUCGGCGCCAGCGUCCUCCGGAGCCGCACGAGAUGGACACCAGCGACAUGGGCUUCGAAAAGGCGGGCGAGACCGACGGGGAGGAUCACCCGCGGCGGCCAGGCAUCAAGAAGGGCAAGCGCGUCGGCCUCCUCUACCAGGUCACGGGCUUGCUGAGCGCCUUCGCCUUUCAGACGGUGCUCACCGCGGACUGGCUGGCUAGACCUCUCAAGCCAGUGGUGCAACAUGCUAGCAGUGCUGCGCGAGACGUGGUCGACCACGUCCAGAACGUCAAGGAGGCCUGCAGCGUUCGCAGCCACCGCGUGGACGUCAUGCAGGUGUUCGGAGGCGAAGGCGGCAUCGCCAAGGCGGCGUGGAAGCGCCAGAUGACGGCCACAGAGGUGAUCGACCGCAAGUACGGAUGGGACUUACGCACGCAGAAGGACCUCGACGCGACGCACGACCUGUACUACGCCUCGAGGCCGAAGUUCGUGUCAAUCGAGCUACCCUGCACCCACUACACGAACGUCACGCACCUCAACUUUCGGACGCCGCAGGCCAAGCAGGCGCUCCGGCGGAUCUGGAGGGCGGAGCGGCCGUUCCUUUUAUUGGCCCGCGACCUCUUCAAGUACCAGCUCGACUCUGGCGACAUGGCCAUGAUCGAAAACCCGGUGAGGUGCGACAUGUGCGAGUACGGAGCUCGACACUACAAGACGGGGGGACUCAUCAAGCACCCCACGAAGCUGCUCGUUACCCACAAGGAGUUCGAGCAGCUGAAGCGCACCUGCAGCCGCAAGCACCACGGCCAGACCUUCGGGGACAACGUGGCGGUGCGCAAGUCUGGCGUUUAUCCUGCUAAGUUCUGCCGGGCGGUGGUGCGCAUCGUGGAGCAAGUUAUUCGCCAGCCAGGUGGGCAGCGCGCCUACCAGGUGGACUGCCAGUCGCACUCGUCGCCCUUCAUCGUGACAGUGCCCAGGGAGCAGGCCACCGCCAACGUGAACGACAACGCGCCCCUGGGCGCUAAGUCGGCCACCGUCCAGGCCGUCAAGGGGCUGAUCUGCGGGGUGUGCCGCUCGCAGCAGCGCCCGAGCGCGAGGAGACCAGCGCACCUCCACUUCGUGCAAGAUUUUGGAGACGACGUCGGCUUCGACUGUUUCGAGCUCAAGGACGUCGACGGCAAGAGCUACUGGUACUUCAGUAUCGUCGACCUGGAGUUUGCCGCCGCGUUCGAGAGGUGCUGGGCCUCCUGGGCGGGCGUGCCGGACCGAGUCCACUUCGACAUGGAGAAGGGGUUCGGCGCCGCCCUCAGCGAGCUGUUCCAGUCAUUCAACACGGUGCAGCUGCCCAUCGCCGGUCAGGCACAUUGGCAGCUCGGUCGCGUGGAACGCCAGGGAGCUUGGUGGAAGGAGCUCGCGGCGAGGACGAUCGAGCACUCGUCGAUCAGGGGCGAGGACGAGAUGCGGACGCUGGCCAUCAGGGUCUCGGGCGCGAAGAACUCGCUGAGAAGGCGAGCAGGCUUCAUCCCCGCGCAGUGGGUGCUGGGACGCGACCCCAAGAUGCCCGGAUACCUAGUGGACGAUACGGCCAACUACAGCGCCCACAGCCUCGCGGCCAACGACGAGAAUAUUCGCCGACGAUAUGCUAUUCGGACGGCGGCGCGCGAGUCGUUCAUGAGGAUGCAGAACGACGACCAGCUCCGGCGAGCUAUGUUGGCUCGCGCGCGCACGGUGGCGACGCCCUUGUCAGUGGGCGAGAUGUGCUACGUCUUCCGCCAGGUCAAGAAGAAGGAGCAGCGGGAGCAGCACAACCGCAACGCCAAGAAGGGCAUCUGGCGGGGGCCGUGCGUAGUCAUCGGCCACCAAGGCGAGAACGCCUGGGUCUCGCUAGGAGGGCGCACCAUGCUGGUGGCCCCGGAGCACAUCAAGGCACUCGCUCAGGACGACGUCUGGUUCCCGAACGGCAGGGACGAGAUCGGUCAGGCCGUGGCCGAGCUCAACCGGGCUCGCGACUCGCUCGAACAGGAAGAGGCUCCGGUGGAGGACAUCCGCCCGGCGCCUGGCGAGCCCGAGGUCAAGCCAGACGAGAUGGAGCAGGCGUGGCGGGAAUUUAUCGACAACCCGGACGACAGCGACCUCAGGUUGAACGUCUCCGAGGAUCCGCCCCAGCAGGAGCAGAUCCAGGUGCUGCCCGCCGACGUGCCGCAGCAAGCUGAAGAAGAGCGAACCUACGGCCCUGACGAGUUCCGACGACGUCGAGCUACCUUCGACGGAGGGGACAGCGGCGACUUCGGCCCGGCCUUCAAGCGCCUCCAGACCGAGAGGGAGCACGCAGGCAACUUCGCGUCGGCUCCAAGACAAGCACUGCAAACUUCCAUCGUGACCGAGAGGAUCAAGCGCAAGCAGGCCGACAAGGACAUCCACUGGAGGGCCAUCAAGGACUCCGAUCGGGAGCUCUUCAGGGAGGCGGCCGCCAAGCAGUGGAGCGAGUGGCAGAAGUAUGGCUCUUGUCAGGUACUCUCCAUCGAGGAGUCCGAGGCGAUCAGGGGCAUGAUCAAGCCCAGCCUCAUCCUGCCCAGCCGGUUCGUGUACCGGGACAAGAACGCCCCGCUGCGGACCGACAAGCAUCCGCUGCCGGUCAAGGCGAAGGCCCGACUCUGCUUCGGGGGUCACAUGGGCCCGCGCCUCGCUCAGGGCGACCUUCGGACGGACGCGCCCACGGUCACCCGCAACUCGACCAUGCUGUUCUUCACCAUCUGCCAGAGGUUCGACCUGGAAAUCUACGCGGCGGACGUGGAGGCGGCUUUCAUGCAGGGCGACGAGCAGCCCGACCAGCAGCUGUACAUGGCCCAGCCUCGCGAAGGUCUGCCUGGGCUUAACCCGAAGCAGCUGAUCAAAAUCCUGAAGGGAGUUUUCGGGCUGGCGACGGCACCGAGACAGUGGUGGGCGAAGCUCAAGAGGACUUUGCUCGCGGUGAAGGAGAAGCUGAGCGACAACUACGCGUUUCGCCUACACCAGCACUCGCUGGACCCAGCGCUGUACUACGGCUACGACCAGCACGGGGAGCUCUGUGCGGUGGUGGUCGCCCACGUGGACGACUUGCUGCUGGGGAUCUCGCGCAAGUACCCAGGCCUCUACGACGGGCUUCACAAGCUGUUGCCCUGGGGCGACUGGCGAGGCUUGCCUUUUACCUUUUGCGGCAAGCAGGCCUGGCGAGAUCAAGAAGGAGUGCUACAUCUACGGCAGACCGAGUACGCGAACACCAUCGAGGAGAUUCCGCUCAGCAAGGAGCGCAAGACGGAACUGUCGUCAGAUGCUACGCCAGCUGAGUUCUCGGACAACCGCUCCGCACUCGGAGCGUUCGGGUGGCUUUCAUCGCAGACUCGUCCCGACCUGGCAGCUGGAGUGGCCAUGGGGCAGCGAACCCAGAACAAGCCCACCAUCCAGGACUUGCUCGAGACGAACAGGCUCAUCAAGCUGGCGCGGAAGCACGCGGGCGUGGGUUUGGAGUUCCCUAAGUUACGUGGACCUCUGUGCCUGGUGACGUUCCACGACGCCAGUUGGGCCAACGCUGAUGAGCCAGCUGAAGGCGCCAUCUCCAAGUUGCUCGCGAAGACUGUGGGAGCAACCAGUAAGGACAAGGAGAUCAAGAUUCGCUCGCAGGCCGGCUACGUGACUUUUCUCGCAGAAGCCAAGCUACUACGCGGAGAUCGAGCUCGAGCAGGGAUCGUUGAUUGGAGAUCGGGCACCAUCAAGAGAGUUUGCAGAUCUACGUUGGCAGCCGAGACGAUGUCGGCAGUAGACGCUCUAGGCUGUGCUCAGAUUACACGCUGCGUUUUCGCUUCGCUAGAGAUUCCGGAUGCCCAUCCAGAGGACAUCCCGCCGAGUCUGUCGCCGCUCGCUCAGGUCACAGAUUGCGCCAGCUUGUGCGAUACGAUGCACAGAGACGGUUAUUCCAAGCUCCCGUCAGAGCGGCGCCUUUUGCUCGACCUAGUGGGCCUCAAGGAGUCACUAGAAGAGGUGCGCAUGCUGAUCUUGUACUUCUCCAUGCCCGUCCUCAACUACCUCGGCUCAGACGAAGCGGAGGACCUCACGACGGCCGAGGCCGUCGUCAUGUGCUGGGGCGGCCUGCGCGGCGCUCUCGGCCUGUGCCUGGCCAUCGAGGUGCACCAGAGCAAGGCCGGAGGCAUGCUGACGGAUGGCGAGGCCAAGAGGGUGCUUUUCUACGUUGGCGGCAUCGCGCUUCUGACCUUGGCCGUUAAUGCCACCACGUGCCCGAUACUGGUGAAGUGGCUGAAGCUCAACAGGCCCUCGGGGACCAAGCGGCUGGUCCGGCUGAACUUGCUGCGGCACAUCUCUGACUUCGCGAGCAAGCAGCCGGCCACGGACCGCGUCGGGAACCACCUCGACCAGAUGCUGGAGGAGGUGAGGAUGCUGAACGACGCCGAGCGCGACUUCGCUACCAGCUCCACGCCGAUACCCGGGGGCAUGCGGCUGAAGAAGGAGCCCUCGGACAAGCGGCGGGCGCCGCUGGGCGACGGCUCACCGGCGGCCGCCCAGCCGCCGCAGGGCCCGAGGCGCCAGGGGCG